UUUUUUCUUUCUUUUUUUUCUUUUCUUUUCUUUUUCCUCUUGUGUGUGUCCAUGCCUUGUAGUAUUAUCUUUCUACUUGAGAUGGGUAUCUGUUUAGUGUAGGUUCAUGGACUGCAAACAAGAAGCAAAACUUGAAUCUUACUUCACCAAACAGUCUCUCUUGAUACAUGAAGUCGUCUAGUUUUAUGUUUAUAAUACAAUCAAGUGUUUACUGGUGCAGGUUGAUGUGUAGUUUGGGGUCUAAACCUCUCUCUCUCUCUCUCUCUCUCUCUCUCAAGUUUUGUUUUUCUACCCGUCCAAUAUCUAAGGUUUUAACCAAAUUUGCUGCUAAUCUUCAAUUUCGUCGUUAGAACAAUAACUCAGAUUGAAGAACACCAAAAAAAUGAGUCUAUUGAAAUCCUUAUUGACUUUUGGAUUUGGAAAAUCGCGAUUCAACAGGAUCCAAGAUGAUUCUGAACUUGAAGCCUCAAGUUCCCGAGGUCAAGAUUAUGGCGCGGCCAAAUUCAGAUCACAGGAAAAUGCAGAGAAAAUAAGAGGAAGAGGAGAAGGGUGCUUCAAAGCCGAACACAUGGUCUUUGCAGAAGACUACCAUCGGGUAAAAAAGACGAUAUUGGAUCCUCGGGGACCGGUGGUGCGACACUGGAACGAGCUUUUCCUGGCAGUCGCCAUGAUCUCUCUGUUCAUUGACCCUCUCUUCUUGUUCCUGCCUAAGAUCAGCCCCAAUGUGUGCAUUGAAGAUUUGAAGUCGCAAUUCAAAGUUCUGAUCACGUUUCUACGGUCAUUGACAGAUUUCUUCUAUGUGAUCAAUAUGUUGGUCCAGUUUAGAACAGCUUAUGUCGCGCCUUCUUCUCGUGUGAUUGGAAGGGGGGAGCUCGUUAUAGAUCCUUGGCAAAUAGCUCAUAGGUAUCUCCGGCGGGGCUUUUGGUUUGAUCUCUUGGCUUCACUUCCUUUUCCACAGGUUAUGAAUUGGAUGAUCAUACCUUAUUCAGACGGUUCAGCGACUGUAAACUUUAAAAUCGCCCUUAGGUUUAUCCCCUUGUCGCAGUUCCUUCUGAGAUUCUUUCUUCUAUAUCCACUCUCAUCAAAGAUUCUAAAGGACACCGGAAAAAUGACCGAAACAGCUUGGGUCGGAGCUGCCUAUAACAUGUUGCUUUUCUACAUCGCGAGCAAUGUUUCUGGUGCUUGUUGGUACCUUCUUACUAUCGAACGACAAGAAGCGUGCUGGAGAAGCGUGUGUGAAAAUUUAGAGAACCAAACUUGUGUCUACGGAUUCUUUGAUUGCAGCACAGUAAAUGACACGGAUAGGGUCAACUGGUUUUCAAUAACUAAUACUUCCACUCUAUGCAAUCCAACCAAUUCAUACUACGAAUACGGGGUAUACGGCCUUGGACUGCAGAAUAACGCUCCAUCCGAAGUGUUUGUCAAGAAGUACUUCUACUGCUUUUACUGGGCCUUGCAGAGCUUGACCUCUAUAGGUAACAAUCUGGCCACAACUGAUUAUCUUGGGGAAAAUAUUUUUGUCAAUCUUGUUGCCAUGUUUGGUCUGGUUCUCCUUUCGGCGCUUGUCGGAAAUAUGCAAAGAUACCUCCAAUCUACGUCAGUCCGGUUAGAAGAGUGGAGGCAGAAGAGAACAGAAGCAGAACAGUGGAUGCAUCACAGGCAGAUCCCAGCAGAACUAAGGCAGUCAGUGAGAAAAUAUGAGCAGUACAAGUGGGUGGCUACAAGGGGAGUUGAGGAAAAAACCAUUAUCAGUUCCCUCCCUAAGGAUCUCCAAAGGAAAAUCAAUCACCACUUAUGCUACAAUCUAAUUAAACAAGUUCCCCUAUUACGUCAAAUGGAUGACCACAUGCUAGACGGAAUAUGCGAGAGGCUGAAGCCGGUACUCUUCACCGAGGGCAUGUUUCUCGUUCGUGAGGGCGACCCUGUUAAAGAAAUGCUCUUCAUAAUCCGAGGCCGCCUCGACUCCAACACCACAAACGGAGGCCGACAAGGGUUCUUCAACUCGUGCCUUUUAGGCCCCGGUAACUUCUGUGGCGAGGAACUGCUGACGUGGGCACUUGACAGCCCAACCGCGGUCCUACCAUCGUCCACGCAGACUGUCAAGGCCAUUUCGGAAGUCGAAGCCUUCGCCCUGAUAUCCGAGGACUUAAAAUUCGUGGCGUUGCAAUUCAGGUUGCGACAUAGCAAACAACUGUUGCACAAGUUCCGGUUUUACUCACACCAGUGGAGGACUUGGGCAGCAUGCUACAUACAGGCUGCGUGGCGUAGGUACCGAAUGCGCAAGGAAUUGAUCCGAUGUAACAGCGGCGAUAUGGACAUAUUCGUGCCCCAACCGGGGGCUGGAUUGGAAGUAUAUGCGGCUAGGCUUCUUACGAAUAUGCGGAUGGGUGGAAGGAACAGGUUCGAGUCCAGUUCUGAGCAUAAUGGUGGGAAUGAGAAUUGAAAGAAAGGUAGUUUUCUCUGGGGGGUAUAGCUCAUGUUCUUUUGUAUAUAGGAUACACAGACAUUGUGUGCUUGUAAAUCUUUUGAUGAGGCUUCUACGUUGAUCUAUGAAUGGCCAAAAAGGAUUGUGUUUGUUCA